AUGAGGUUGAUUUUUCUUCUAUUGAUUUUUACUUCUAUUUCUUUUGCCGCUGAUGGCAAUUUUGAAGCUGCAAAGAUUACCUUCGUCGACCUGAUUCCGAAAGAAAUUUUUGCCGAUUUUUCGACGGAUCUUCAGGAUUUUCUGAAAGGUCUUACCGAUGUGGAUUUGGCAUAUCUGUUCGGGUUGACCUGGAGCCAGCAGGAGUUCAAGGGGAAGAACUUCGAGGAGGUCCUUCAAACCCUGGAGAACGGAGCCAAAUCGGAUGCCGAAAAGGCCACGAUUUUCAAAAUCGGAAAAUUGAUGGAUGCGUAUAAAAAGAGGUACGAUCGGAUGACGCCUAAAGCACAGGAAUACGUUGAUGAGGUCUAUGAAUCCUCCAAAUCCGGGCUGACCCUGGAUGACGAGAGGCGAGAAAGAUGGGUUCGAGAAUGCCGACGAAAGUUCAGAAAACUGUCACAUGAAGAUCGGGAGAGUCUGAAGCCCAAUUUCCCCCUGGUCUACAAACUGUUCCGAGACAACCGCUUCACGUCGAAGCUGGAGACGCAAAUCCGGAAGCUGAUGAGCGGAGCGGCUCCAUUUACAACUAAC